GAAUUUACCAUCUAAAACAUUGCUGCUCAAGAGCUGAAAAAGUUUAGGCGUUUUGUGGCAGGGGAUUGCAAGGAUAUCUGUCUUAUUGUUUCGAUGCUCCUACUCUUUCUACGUUCUAUUACCAUGGGGAAUCCCAUGUGAUCAACUUCAUGACCCAGAUGCGACAUUUGAACGACGUGAUACUUAAUUUCACGCCUGUGAGAGGUUUUACUCAGCUUUGUUCAAUGAGCAAUCUCAUGCUCAGACUAUCUGUCUCUAACAUUGAAGUCCUCAGAAUUAGCACUACGUUUCUCGAGCUCGGUGAAUAUUCUUUCGAAUACGGAUACUAUUGGGAGAUGCUCGGAAAGGACAUGUUUGAGAACUGCGAUGCGAAUUUCUUCCGGCUUAAGCGACUUGUAGUGAACAGCUUCAAAUUCGAAAAUCUUGAAACUCGAGAUGCUGAAGUUUUUUCUCAACAAGGCCGAAGUCUUGGACAGUGUGGCACUCGUACCGUCCUAGAAAUGGCGGUCAGGAGUAUUCACUCGAGAGCCGCAUGUGUAUGAUCAACUUUUUAAUUCUUGGAAAGUAUCUCCAAAUGCGAAAAUAAGCAUAUUGAAGAGUAUCGA